GCAAUUAACCUUAAAUACCGGUCUCCUUCCUGCAUUGAAUCUACAUCAACCACCUUUACUUCCAAACCUAACUUUCAAACUCUACAUCACUCAUCAUGGACUUUGUCAACAAGAUCGCCGGCUCCGGCAACAACAACAACAACAACAACAACCAGCAGGGCAGCAACGAGCAGAACACCCAGGGCUCGUCGUCUGGCGAACAGAAGUCUGGAGGCUUCCUCGGUGGCAUUGGCGAUAAGCUGAACUCUGCUGCGGGCGGCGGCAAGGAGUCUGAGAAGAACGAGGAUUACUUGGACAAGGGUGUCGACUACGUCCAGGAGAAGUUCAUGGGCGCUGGACCCCAGGACAACGAGUCUGCUGUUGAGCAAGCCAAGGAUGAGCAGAUCAGCGACUACAUUCGCAGCUCCUACAAGUCUGCUACCGGUUCCGAUGUCCCCAUCAAGGACAAGGAGACCCGCUUCGGUUAAGCUUCAGGCAUAACAGGUGGAUGCUUCAGGCAUGGUACGAGACCAGCAGGACACGAGAUCCGCUGGCUAUGAUAUUACGGUUAUGAUAGUCUUGUAAUGACACAAUUGACCUUCUGAACUCCUG